AGCGCCACGACGACGAUGUAUGCUGAGCUCACGCCGGACUAUGUGCGCGAGUUCGACCCGGACGAUAUCCGCUACUCGCCCGAGAUCGCCACCCCGGUGGUUGUCACUGCUACCGCCGCCGCCGCCACUGGCACCGCGCGGCAGUAGCACCAGAAACAGCCCCGGGAAGGGAGGGCGGCGCACCACCACCCGUACGCGGAGGCGUCUAAGCGGACGAGCGAGCUCGUGUUCAGUGACGCGCUGAUGCGCACGAUGCGCACGAGCAUCGACAGCGGAAUCGACCGUUCUGCCAAGCAUGAAAGCCAGAACAUCAAACUCUACGGGUGCCCAAGAGCAUUGGAGGCUAUCUAUACUCGCGUUAAAGCCGGCCUUCAACCGCAUAUGGUGGGAGCGCACAGGACACGCUGACGUGGGGCCUUCCCUGGAUAUCAAACGCGCUUCCGUCGCGGUUUGCAGGCCAUCCCCGUACCACCCACCCUCCACAAUGCUCAGCCUCAACACACCCGGUCUCGCGCUCUACUCCAUCCCAGGGGUGUGGUUCAUCGCGUUCUACCCCUCAUUCGUCCGGUUCCUGAAGCUGUCGAGCACCACCGGUGUCCAGCCGCGCUCCAACAUGGCGUGCCUGAAGGACAACCAGAAGCUCGACCAGGCCACGCGCGACCGCCUCGCGCGGAUGGUCGGUGCGCACGAGAAUGGCAUGGAGAACCUGCCGCUUUGGAUCGGCGCCGUCCUCGCAGGGUACACUGCCAGCAUCCCGCACAGCACGCUCAACACGUUCGCCGUCGGAUACGUCGGCCUGCGCCUCCUGUACAACUUCAUCUACAUCAACCAGACCACCGAGGCUGUCGGCAACCUCCGGUCUAUGACCUUCUUUGCUGGCCUUUCGCUUCCCUUGACCCUCCUCAUCAAGUAUGCAAACAAGGUCGCGGCGACCUGUUUCUGAUUAUUUAUGCACGUUGUCUUGGAUGUACCUCGCUCUU